AUGGAAAAUUCAUCAGAUGUGGGCGAUUUAGAUACCAUUAACGGAAAUGAUUUGUAUCCUGGUGACUUUGAAAUAUUAGACAGUCAUGCUGAUUCAUUUUUAUAUGAAAUUUGUCGUUUAUUUUCGAAUGAAAAUAACGAAGAUGUUGACGGCCUUCCUCUUCAGCCUCUGGAACUUGUACCUGGAAAUCAAGGCACCGCAGACACCUUGCCAGAAUGUGAUCAGAAAGGUGAUUCACACAAUAAUAAUGCACCAACGUUUAUCAAUAUAACGGAUAAUAUAAAGACUGAUUUUAUACAAAAUAUGAGAAAUAAGAAUACUGUCCGAAAAACAGAGUCUGCCAUGAAACAAUUUACCACCUGGCUCAAGCAAGAACCAAGAAAUGAGACACGGGAAGUCAAUAAAAUGAACCCCAGCGAGUUGGACAACUACAUUGGCUCCUUUUUGUUGUCAAUACGAAAAGCUGAUGGUUCGGAUUAUGAACCUGACACGUUGACAAGCUACCACAGAUCGAUUGACAGGUACCUACGAGAAAACAAAUAUCCAUUUAGCCUCGUAAAUGACAAAGAAUUUGCAACAAGCAGAACCGUUCUAAUUUCAAAAAGAAAGGAACUAAAACAAAAGGGAAAAGGUGGAAGACCAAAUGCUGCUGAACCCCUUACAAAAUCAGAGGAAAACAUACUAAAGGAGAAGGGGUGCAUUGGUUUGCAUAGCCCGAAGGCUUUAUUAAACAAAAUAUGGCUACAAAAUACAAUGAUGUUUGGGAUACGAGGGGGCACAGAAAACCAAAAAUUAAGAUGGUCUGAUAUUCAACUUAAAAAAGAUGAAAAUGAUCGAGAAUAUCUUGAAUACAGAGAACGGGAAACAAAAACAAGAACGGGUGAAUUAAGUACUCAUCUGAGAGCAUUCCGUCCAAAACAGUUUGCAGUUCCUGAUGAUCCCUCAAGCUGUCCAGUUGCUACAUACAAGGCCUUCCGACAUCACAGACCUACAUCUACCAUGAGUCCUGACAGUCCAUUCUAUGUAGCCAUUAAUUAUAAGCGAGCUCCUGAUUCACAUAUUUGGUACAAAAAUCAGCCCUUAGGUGAAAAUUCUUUGCGUUCCAUUAUGCGUGAAAUGGCAAAAAAUGCCAAUUUGCCUGGAAAAAAAACAAAUCACUCUGCUAGAAAAUCUACUUGCACAAAAUUGCUCCAUGCUGGUAUUGCACCUACUACAAUUCAGCAAUUAACUGGCCAUAAAAAUGUUCAAAGCAUUAAUAAUUAUGCAGUUGCGUCUGUAGAAAUGCAGAAAACGAUGAGUGACAUUCUGUCGAAUAAAGAAAGUAAGGAAUCGACAUCGUGUGUUUCUACUUACUCGCCACCUCGACAUCCGCCCACAGCCAGUGCAACUUCCAUGCCGUCCGUCGAUAUUUCAUCAAAUUCUUCAUUCCGUCAAUCAACAUCAGCUGGGGAAUUAUUUGCAAAUGCCAAAAUGAUGAACUGUACUAUCAACAUUAAUAAUUACGGUUCAAAUCCACCACAAAAGCGAAAACGCAUCCGUGUGAUUGAAAGCGAUGAUUCUGAAUAA